AUUUGAGGGAAAAUGAGACUUAACUUCACAAUUAGCUCUACAAACGCGAUUGCUUUAGCAAAGAUGCUUUCAUAUGCCAAAAAUCUCUGGAAAAAGGGAGAACUAAUCUAUCUCUAUUGUAAAGAUGACUCGAUCCAGUUCUAUCCUGAUCCCGGAGAUAUCUCUGAUAAUAUCUAUGGAAAAAUUGAACUUUACCCAAUUACCAAAGAAGAUGACCCUGAUCGAUUGGGAUUCAUGAAGGAGUUCGAAAUUAAGUCAAAAGCUCCUGAGUCAAAAAUUCUGCUAUGAUUCCACAACUUCGGUCAAUUCUUCGAUGUAAUCAGGUCAUUUUCAGCUUAUGGAAAUGAUAUCAGCUUCAGUCUGAAAUAAAGAAGUUGACAGAGAAGUAGAAAUCUUCAGAGUCAGAUGUAAAAGCGAUAAUUCUGAUGAUGAGAUCUUUGACAAAGUUCAAGUAGAAGUCUGUCAAUACGAGCUUGAUACUAAGAGUCCAAAAGAGAUCAAACAGAAAGAGACCAUGAUAAUUUUGAAUGAGAUGGAAACUUCAAUAUUCUUUACUAAUUUCUAUGAGAAAAUAUCUACUCUCUUUCCGUUAUUUGCGCACUCUGAAUAUAAUGGCGACUGAGUAGCUCUGACAUUCUCCAUCCUUGAGCCAGAGGAUGAAGAGAAGACCUCUUUACAGAUUACUCUAGAUAUGGGCGGAUAUGAAUCCAAGAACGAGAUAAAAGUCCCUAAGAUUGAUGAUGCUCUACAUCCUUCUGUCAUCAAAAUUUCAGAUGACUAUAACCUAGGGGAUGAAAUUUCUACCAAAGUGGGAUAUGCUCAUUUUCUAAAAAUGUUUAAAAUCGUUAGAUGCAAGGGCACUAUGAUGAUUGAGAUAACAGACCAAGACUCCAUAGCACUCAAUUAUGACUUUGAAGAUUGCAAGUCAGCCAAGAUUUAUGUAACUUGUACAGGAGUUAUUGAGUAA